AUGUCGGACCAGCAAGUGUCCCUGCCUUUUCUCAUCGUCGUCCUCCUCACCAUCGGGGUGGCCACCCGCUAUCUCUUUUUCUCAUCCCCGUCUUCGGGCUCGAGGCAGGGCAACAACCCGAGAAACAAUGCAGCACAAAAUGCUAGCGCGAUGCGGCUAAGAGAGGUGGCGGCGCAGAGGAUACAACAGAUGUUUCCCCAAGUCGAUCGGAGGACGAUACUGUGGGAUCUACAGAGGAAUGGAGGAAGCAUCCAGGCGACUACGGAGCGAGUUUUGGCGGGGAGGCUAGAAACGCCCCCAUUACCUUCCAGCCCGCGCCUCCCCGGAUCCAACCCGUCGACGAGCACAGGGGCGCAGCAGGCGAAGCAACCCGAGCGCCCCAAGCAGCCCGACUUGAUUACGCGAUAUAACCUGCAGAACAAAGUCACGAGCGAAUCCAGCGCAGAUAUGGACAAGAAGAAGGAAGGUUGGAGCUCGAACAAGGAUGAGAGGCAGGCGCUUCUGAAGAAGAGGAGGGACGAGAUGAUUCUGGCUGCGCGCCGGAAAAUGGAGGCCAAAAUUGUUGCGGAGAAGACAGCGUCAGGAGACGCGAGUUCUUGA